GAUGGCUCAAGCACUCAGGGGCACCACAGGACACGGGUGGUCAGUGCACACACAGGGGGCGGUUCGGAACACGGGUGGUCGGUGCACACAUCGGGGACAGUUCAGGACACGGGUGGUCAGUGCACACAGCAGGAACAGUUCAGGACACGGGUGGUCAGUGCACGCAACAGGAACAGUUCAGGACACGGGUGGUCAGUGCACACAGCGGGGACAAUUCAGGACACGGGUGGUCAGUGCACACAGCGGGGACAAUUCAGGACACGGGUGGUCAGUGCGCACAACAGGAACAGUUCAGGACACAGGUGGUCAGUGCGCACAACAGGAACAGUUCAGGGCACUCACGGUAAGCAGCUUGCAGACCCUCAGCGGCAGGCGGCUCCAGACAGGGAUGACCAGCGGUCAGCGUUCCAGGGACAACCAGCGAUCAGCAGACAGUAGCAGCUCCCAGGGCACUCAGCAGAAGACAGCCUCCAGGGACACGCAGCCACGGAUAGUAUGCAGGCCCCCUCAGCAACAACUCCCAGGGCAUUCAGCAGCAGCAGACAGGGUGCAAGGGUGCUCAGUAGACAGG